UUUUUUCGCCUAUACACAUGCGCACUUCCUGCCAGGAACGUCACAGCUAACAUGGCGCUCGGCUCAGUCAGAAGUUGUUUCGCGUCCUUCGGAUUUCUCCGCAGGAACCUGACAGGGCCUGAGAUUCAAGCCGUUUGCUGCUACCACAAAAAGGUGGUGGAUCACUACGAGAACCCACGCAAUGUUGGUUCUUUGGAUAAGAACGCCAAGAACGUGGGGACCGGGUUGGUAGGAGCCCCUGCUUGUGGGGACGUCAUGAAACUGCAGAUCCAGGUUGACGAGAACGGAAAGAUAGUAGACGCCAGAUUCAAGACGUUCGGCUGCGGAUCAGCCAUCGCGUCAAGUUCCCUGGCCACGGAAUGGAUCAAAGGCAAAACGAUCGAUGACGCGAUGAAAAUCAAGAACACCGACAUCGCCAAGGAAUUGUGCCUUCCACCGGUGAAGCUUCACUGCUCUAUGCUCGCCGAAGACGCCAUCAAGGCCGCGCUGUCCGACUACAAACUCAAACAGAAGGACGAGGACAAGGUGGCUGAGGCUAGAAAUUAAAGCUUUAAACCGCUCCUCUCCAGAAAGAUCGUUCCGACAACCAAUCAUAUCUUUCGAGUGACAUCGUCCUCCCGCACUAUUGACCGAACACGUAGAUCCUCUGCUUCGGCGCUUCAGAAAAUGUUGUCAUGAUUGCCGUGACGUGUCCAGAGUUGUUUUUAUUUUUCACUGUGUUGAGUGCAAUGCGAAAGGGUGAUGGGUUUUUCUUGAUGUCUUUCCGAAUCACGCACAAAGAUGAAAGUGUUUGGUCUGCGUCCCUUUUUUUUGUUUUGUUUGUAUGUAUUUGUUUAAGCCUAAUCCAGACCGAAGCAGAGCAGGGAUUCAUCGUAAGGAAGAAAUCGGAGCUAUUCCGUCUUCAGCAGUCUCGUUUGAAAAAUUGCAUUUCACUCCCAAACACACUGCAUUUUUUCGACCCUGUAGCACUUAAUAAUAAUAAUUAUUAAUAAGGUGUACACGUCCUGCUUAUAUCCAACCCAACGAACGGGACCGAAGGCAAUCUGCUCCAAAAAUUGUAUAUUUGUUUACGUUCAACGUCAUGUAAAUACGGCAGUUGUGAAUCCGCAAUCUUACACGCACAACCAAGCAAAGUGAUGCUGUAUUCUAUUAAAGCUUUAUAAACAUGG